UUUCUCUCUCUCCAUCUCUCUUUCCCUCUCACAUACAGUUUGUCUACUGUGAUAAAUCAUGCCUGCUCAAGUGAUGCAAGAGAAAACCCUUCAAAGCAUUCAUGUCUUGGGAAGGGAAAAGUCGACAGAAAACAGCGCUCGCUCUCCGGGAAGAUUGGAGGGAAGAGUUGCAAUAGUCACAGGCGGUGCACGAGGAAUUGGAGAGGCCACAGUAAGACUUUUUGCAAGACAAGGUGCCAAAGUAGUCAUUGCUGAUGUUGAGGAUGCUCUUGGAACUUCGCUCGUAAACUCAUUAGCCCCUUCAGUUUCCUUUGUUCAUUGUGAUGUUGGCUUAGAAAAAGACAUUGAGAACCUGAUAAACUCCACGAUUUCUCAAUAUGGUAAGUUAGAUAUUCUUUUCAACAAUGCUGGGGUGCUUGGAAAUCAAUCAAAGAACAAGAGCAUUGUUGAUUUUGAUGUAGACGAAUUUGACCGUGUCAUGCAUGUGAAUGUUAGAGGAAUGGCACUAGGAAUUAAGCACGCAGCACGAGUGAUGAUUCCUAGAGGAGGUGGGUGUAUUAUUUCCACAGCUAGUGUGGCUGGUGUCAUGGGAGGGCUUGGUCCUCAUGCUUACACAGCUUCAAAGCAUGCCAUUGUUGGACUCACAAAAAACACAGCUUGUGAGCUUGGCCGGUAUGGAAUUCGAGUUAAUUGCAUUUCUCCAUUUGGGGUGGCCACAUCUAUGCUUGUUAAUGCCUGGAGAAGUUGUGGCGAAGAGGAAGAUUCCUUGAAUUUUGGAUUGCCUAGUGAAAAGGAAGUGGAGAAGAUGGAGGACUUUGUUAGAGGGCUGGCUAACCUAAAAGGUCCAACUCUAAGGGCUAGAGAUAUAGCUGAAGCUGCUCUUUAUCUAGCUAGCGAUGAAUCAAAGUAUGUCAGUGGUCAUAAUCUUGUUGUGGAUGGUGGAAUCACAACUUCAACAAAUUGUGUUGGGUUGUAAUACUUAGAGAAUGUAUCUCUCUCUCUAUCUCUCCCUUUUUACUUCUUUUUUUCCUCCACUUGUAGCUCAGUUGUUGACAAAGCCUUGUGUGAGGAUUCCAUUCAAUCAAUUAAAUUAGUUUUCA